AUGAAAUGGUCUUCAAUUGCGUUGUCUAUUAUGGGGCAAAAUCAACCAACUGAUAACGAACAUUUCACGUACAAAAAACGUCCAUUUGCUGGUCCAUCAUAUCAAAAAUUAUCAAAUUUUCUUGAACAACAAAAUACAGAUGUUGCUGAAGAUACAAAUGAUUAUUAUCAGAUAAUUCACAACUCGUUUUUGUUAGAAUUAAUGAAACAAACUAUUUGUAUUUCAUGUAAAUCACAAUGGAAUGGUGAUAUGUCUGUUGCAAAAAGGGAAGGAUUAUAUUGUUCUCUAGUAUUUACAUGCCACUGCUCGAACGAAAUUAAAAUCAAUACAUCUAAACAAUGUCCAAAAACUUCUAAACGAGAUAUUAAUAUCCGAAGCGCAAUUGGUGCAAAUUUUGCCGGAAUAAGUCAUCAAGGUCUUGAAAAACUUUGUGGUGUUUUGAAUGUACCACCUCCUAUUGAUGAUGAUCAUUUUUCUCGUACAAUUACACAUAUACUUCCGGUAUUUGAAUCACACAAGCUCAAUUCAAUGAAAAAUGCUAUAGAAGAAGCAUGUAGUGAAUCAAAUAAACGUGAACUUACCGUAAGCGGAGAUGGAACCUGGCAAAAACGUGGAUUUUCUAGUUUACAUGGAGUUGUUGAAGUAAUGUCGACCGGUUCCAGUACAAAAGUGUUGGAUUUGGAGAGAUUAUCAAAAAGUUGUUCAAUUUGUACAGGUGCACUUAGUAUCAAGCAUUCAAAUCCAACAAAAUAUGAAGAAAUUAAAAAUAAACAUAAAUGUGAAAUAACUCAUUCAGGCUCAUCAAGUUCUAUGGAAACAGAAGGCAUAUAUCAUUUGUUUUCACGAUCCGAGAAAAUGUACAAUGUUCAAUAUAUAAAUUAUGUAGGAGACGGGGAUUCUAAAGUUUUUCUAAAACUAACUAACAAUCCUCCAUAUAAAAAUAUAUCAAUCAAUAAAAUAGAAGACGUGAAUCAUUUCUCGAAAAAAAUGUUACAUCGUUUACAAAAGAUAGCAGAAGAUUUGAAGAAAACAAAAAUUGAUGGAAAACUUGGUAUAGGUGGACAAGGCCGAAUGACAAAGCAAAUGAUGAUUAAUUUCAAACAAUAUUACCGACAAGCUAUUGUACGAAAUAAAACAAAUCUGGACGAAAUGAUUCGUUCAGUUUGGGCUAUAUGGAAACACAAAGCUUCAUCAAAUGAAGAGCCACAUCAUGAGUGGUGUUCAAUAAAAUAUUGUGGGUAUUUAAAAUCUCUAGAAAAAGGUGAAGAAUAUGAUCAUAAUAAGCAUAGUUUACCAUUAGGCAUUAUGAAAGCAAUUCGACCAGUGUUUGAUGAAUUAGCUCAUCCUGAUACUCUAAAGAAAGUGAUCAAUGGUGGAUCUCAAAACAGCAAUGAAAGCUUCCAUGCCGUUUUAUGGAAUUUAGCACCAAAAACUCGAUAUGCUACUGGUGUAGUCAUUGAUCUAUGUGCAGCAAUUGCUGUAUUAUCAUUUAAUGAUGGUAAUCAAUCGAUUUUACCAGUUAUAGCUGAAUUAACAGGCGGUAGUUAUGGUUUUUAUACAAAAGUUGUACUAAAAAGACUUGAUGAACGUCGUGUAUAUUACGAACAUAAACAAAAAAGAACAAAACAAGAAAAAACAAAAUUAACUAAAGAAACACUUGAUUCAGAAUAA